CGUCGAAACGACAAAUUGAAAUUUAGCGGCUGAUUAUUGAGGUGUAUUGGACGCUUUUUGCUUUGCGAUGAUGGAGGAACUGGAGAGAACAUCAGAGGAUCAAUUAGGUGAAGAAGGGCUGCAAAGUCUUAAAUUUGCGAAAUCUUCCGGGACAGAUGGAGGGCUUUCACAGCAGAGUAAACAGCGCUCUCGGGCGCGAUUGCAUCUAGCCGUGUCUUCAUUGAAAGGGCAACCUACAGAAAAUUACACCUCAGGGCACAGUAUGAAUACUGAAGCUGUCACAUCUAAGAGCAAAGCAUCACGCAAGUUCAAACCAACUAAGAUGACUUCUGAUGCCGUUAAAGAAUUCUACAACUUUGUCUUGAGUAAGAGAAAAAGGAAAGAAAGAAAACUAAAAAGAAAUUUGACAAAUCUAGAUGAAGCAAUGGAUACUGCAAUGGAUCAGUCCACAGACACUUCCACUGUAACAACAGUUAGCUCUGAUCACAGAAAUGAACUACCCAGUGCAGGAAUUACUUCAGCUUCUCAGAUGCCUGGGCCUGUACUGAUGAACGUUGAUUCCCAAGGAAACCCAAUUCAGAUGCCUUUGAUGACACCACAUGUCCUGCAGUUACCUGGUGGAGGUCAACCAGCACUUGUAUUUUUUGUUGGAUCACCAGGCAUGCCUGCUAUGGGAGAGCUACCAGGCAUGACUAACGUGGGGUCCUCUGCACCUUUUGGAAAUGCAGUGUUCUUUAGUACACAGCCUGUUACUCUGAAUGUUGUGCCACAAGAUUCUGCAUCCAGUGGAGGAGUCAUCGAGAAGGCCAUGGAACUUGCUCAGUUUCAAACAAAUCCUGUACAAAAUGAUAACCAGCAGCUACCUCAGAAUGCAACGGAGUUGGCGGUUUCUGGGGGUGGUUUUAUUCCACCCAAUGCUAGUUGCAAUUUGCAGUCUGGCCUAUCACAAGGAACUUUGCCCGUUGAUCACUCAUUUAGCGCACUGCCUCAGGUUUCUCAAAAUGUAGUCAUAACACAGUCAGUAGCAACUGGAGAGAAUGUGCCCAUCGACAAUGUGUCACAGUCAGUAACAGUACAGACUUCACAGAUUAUGCAGAAUCAGGGCUUUGCUGAUUUACGGUCCUUUUUGGAAGAAGCACGGGCAGGAGUUGCUGGUACGGGAAAUGUCAGUGCAGAAGCAAGUCAUGAUGCUGCAGGACCAAAGCUGAUUUAUAAAAGAAAAGGUUUAACAAUCAGAGAGGUAAUGACUCAGACAGGGGCAGACCCAGAGAUCUUCAUCGUCAGUGAAAGAAAGCUGGAUUGUCAGGAAGAUUCCUCUGUGGAGGAACCUCUAGAAAAUUCUGGUAUAAACAAAACUGUUAAAAAGCCAGUCUCUGCAAGGGUGAGACGAUUUGGAUGUGACAAAUGUGAAAAGAAAUUUUACUCAGGCAAUGACCUCAGACGGCACCUAACCAGUCAUCAAGAGUCCAGGCCUUUCAGCUGUGAGGAGUGUCAGAAAGGAUUUAGAACUGCUGGUGAAUUAACCAUCCACAAGGCUAUUCAUGUAGAAGUCAAACAAUACAAGUGCGAGUUCUGUGGAAAGGAGUUCAGAACCAAGGGUUGUAUUAAGUCACACAUCAAGUAUCAUAUUGGAGACAAACGACACAAGUGUACAGAGUGCGACAGAGCGUUUGUCAAAAGUGCAGACCUCAAACGGCACAUGGCAGGGCACAGAAAUGAGAAGAAGUUCAUUUGUGAUGAUUGUGGUUCAGCCUUCACACGUCGAGAUAACUUGAAGGCACACAGACUGCUGCAUACCCGGGAGUCUGUGGUUACAUGUGACUUGUGUUCCAAGGAGUUUAUCAAUGCUGUCUACUUGAAGAGACACAUGCACAUCCAUAAACAGGCCAAGAAAAAACCAUAUGAAUGUCAGUGGUGUCCAAAGACAUAUGAACAACUAGAAGGUUUGAGACGGCAUAUUCGACAGCACGUAGGUGAUGAAAAAUUUGUCUGUAAAGAUUGUGGGAAGAAGUUUAUAACCAGCAUCCAACUUAAACGACAUCUUUGGCUCUCCCAUGAUCAAGACAGUCCAUACAGGAGAUCCAUUCUCUGAAGGACCAUGAAUAUGAAGUUGGAGUGCAUGAGGCACUGUCAGUGGAUGGACACAAUUACAAUUUAAUCUUCAAUUACAAGUCACAGUAAAGAGUGGCUUAUGACAUAAAUUAAAAUGUUACUCAUAAGUAGCGCCAAGACUCAAUAUGAAGUGAAUAGUUACUAUUUUGUGAGUGCUCAUGGAAUAGUGCAUUAGCAAACAGGGCCAACAACAGUAUGGGCAAUUAGUGGACUGACAGAUGACAGCUGUCAAUUAGCAUUCUAUAAUUAUGUUGGUGUGUACAAAGUUAUCAAUAGGACAAAAUAAUCCUUCUUACGUCCUGCAUUUAUUUGUAACAGUAGGUCAGUUAUUAUGCUAAAGGAAGAUCGUUUUGUUUGAUGACUCUUUUUUUCGGUAGGUAUAUUAUUAUGAUAGGUAACUCCCAAAAAGGGACAUAAAGUCUACAAAAGGCAAGAGAUAAGGAAAUAGGAUUUUUGGCAAGAUUAAUAGGAAGCAAGAGAAAAGGUAGUAAUGGACCAUCUUACUAAUGUCACCAACCUUUUGCAUAUUUACUAAAUUUGGAAUGGUAAAUUAAUCUAUGGACCAAGGGUUUUUUUUGUUUGUUUUUAUGAAAAAGACACAAAUUUACAGUAGACAUUGCAUUCAUGACAUCAAUAAAAAGGUCCAGAGGUUAUUUUUCACCCGGUUUCUUCACACCAAUACAUUGUAGAUCUUUGUUUGAGUUACACAUCAAACAUUAUUUUUGCAUUGUGUUAAGUUUUGAAAUUACUUUACAUAAUAUAUGGAAGAAGUGGUUUGUAGCUUUGUGCAAUGGCAUUCCCACCUGACUGGCCUGUUCUAUUUUUUUUUUUUUUUUCACCUAAAUAAUAAGUAAAGGACUAGGUUCCAUAAGGGAACUGUUUUCUUUUGGUUGCAGGAAAUAUGAAGUUUCAGACCAACACAAUGUCGAAGUUUAUUUCAUUUGGUAGUUAUAAAAAUUAAUGUUUUGUUAGCUACUGACAUUUGUGUAACCAAACACCCAAUUUUGUACAGACAGACGACACAUCCACAGUAUAUAAAGGGCCAUUCUGCAAUAGAAAGGAAUAUUAAUAAUAUUUGGUUACAGCUGGGAUUCAUUUUUUUAAAUUACGGUUCUGCGUAGUAAUACAUGUACUUUUAAUUAACACAAACUAUUUGUUAUGAAGUUAGUAAAAACAAGAAUGAGCGUGAAAACUUGGUCUCAGCGCAGGUUAUGUUACUACAGUUUUGCUUUGUUUCAACUUUUUCUUUUUUUGACACUUUUUGUGACCAUGUUUUCAGAAUGUUCUGCAUUUCAGUCAAUACAAAGAGUGGUGAAUAAAAGUGUCGUUCAAAUGUCA